AAACUUGUUUUCAGAUCAUACCACCUACAUCUCUAUAUAUUUUCCUAUUACCUACUUACCGUCUACAUACAAUCUCGAUCGCAAUAAUAAUCCUCUGCUCAAUAUCUUUUGGUGUGUUGCACUUCCAUUGAUAAUAAUUAAGAAAAUUAGUGUAUAUAUAGUUCUGUUAGGUCUCAUGGCCUCUCCUAGUGCUACUUCUUCCGGUUCGAGCCGGAUUGGGCAGUCCCAGUCCGAGGAGGACCUGCAGGCUUUGAUGAACCAGAGGAAGCAGAAGCGAAUGCUGUCGAACCGGGAGUCAGCGCGCCGCUCCAGAAUGAGGAAACAGAAGCAUUUGGAUGAUCUAACGGCGCAGGUGAGCCAGCUGAGGAAGGAGAACGGCCAGAUCCUGACCGCCCUCAGCGUCACCACGCAGCACUACGUCGGCGUGGAAGCCGAGAACUCCGUGCUCAGGGCCCAAACGAUGGAACUCACCGCAACGCUGCAGUCACUGAGACAGAUCCUUCACUACAUGCGUGGUAUCGGCAGCGCCAUCGGUGACUUGGUUCAGCCGUCGGAUAGCUUCGUGAGGCCAUGGAACUUGAUGGGUGCGAACCAGCCCAUGAUGAUGGCCUCCGCAGACACGUCUCAGCUGUACUGUUAGACCGCUAUCACGGGGGCCUCAGGAGGGACCCUUUUUUUUUGGACUGAUCUUUUUGGUGGUGUAAUUCGUAAUGCAUCAUGGUCCUAUGCUACCGUGAUGUUCACUAUCUCGGGGUGUGAUCGAGGGAUGGGCAGAAGAAGAACAUCUCCAACCCUAAGAAUCUCUUUGGUGUGGACCAGUGAGUGAAGAUAAAAAAGAAGAAGAAAUUAAAGACGGAAGGAAAACCACGGAGGUGGAGAAGUGACCUUAACAGGGAACUGUGCACCCAAGUUUUUAUUCUGGUCUCCAUGUCAUGUGGGUUACUAUCCAAAGCAGUCGAGUGUAAUCAAAUCCUUCUCUUUGUUUUCUAUCUAAUACCGGCUUAUAGUGUAUUGCUCUCUCUCUUUCUCACAAGUAAUUCCCGAGGUGAGAUGCAAAAAGGUGCUUUGUUUGAAAACAUCAAGAUUGCGUAUAUGUAUGGAUUAUACCAUCCAAGGAGUACUGCUUGGAUGGUUGACAUUCAAAAUGCUUCUUUC